AUGUUAUUUCUCAUACUGUCUGCAUCCUUUAGAUGUCCCCGACUUCUUUACCCUUCCAUACUCAGCCCUUUUGCGAUACAAAGAGCCCUUGAUACUCUCCCUGCUCUUGAUGUAUCGCGCGUCUUUGUGUCGUCGUUCUCUGUAUUGACCUGGGCUGUUUCAUCCCUUCUUCCACUCUCAGCCAGCCAGGGCAAGCUUCUGGUUUCAACUCACAUCCGAUUCGUACAGCCCGAGUCCAAGCUCAACCCUGCCCAAGACCAAGGCGGCCCGCCCAAAGCCAGGCCGGGUUCAGUGGGUUGUUUGGUUUAA